GGCAGAUUUGAGUCCAUCAAUUGACUAAGAUAUUAUCAACUCAACUUGGAAAUUGUCUAAAAAAUUCUUUAGAACCUCAUAAAGAUAUUAUAAACUCAACUUGGAACUGUCUGAUACGGUCCUCGAACUCGAAACCUCUAAUAACCUCAAAGCACAACCUGUCAAACUAACCAGGGUCCAGGAAUCCAAAUUGGAAAUCCUCCCAUCCAAACAAAACAGAAAAAAGGGAAGAAAAAUCUAAUCCACAAAUCCCAACUUCCUUUCAUUCCACCAUUGAAAUGAUGCUAACUUUACACACCCAAACUCUCAAAUCCUUAACUUUCAACAAAAAACUAUACCAUCAUUAUUCUCAUUCUCACCCCUCAUCUUCAGUAUGGAAGAUCAUCAAUGUAAAUGGGAAUAAUGCAAAUGUAGGGAACUGUCAUGCCAUCAGUGGGAUUGGCAUGCUAGCAGCUGCAGUGGUGCUUUCGACGCCUCCGCCUUCCGAAGAAACGUUGUCCAAUAUACCACAAGAGCUUUCAGGGAAGUCUUGUGAUCCUAUGGACAAAGAGUGUGAUCAGAGUAAUAUGAAGAAGAACAGAAUUCAACGUCCAAAGUCUAGGAAUGCUGAGUCUUGUACUACUAAGUGUGUUGGCACUUGUAUUCGUGGUGGCGAUGGCUCCCCCGGUGAAGGUCCUCUAAAUGUUCGAAGACCUAUAAUUGUAUUUAAGCAGGGAUUUCGAAGUCGACAAUAUUGCUUGGUGGAAUGUUCAGAUAUAUGCAACUUGCUCGACGAUGCAGAUAAGAGACGUUGAUAUAAUCUCGGUCAUCAUAUUUCACUCAGUAUCUACAUCAAUGCAUUUCAUUGUGAUUAUACUCUCAAAUAGGGAAAGGAUAAUGGUCAUUCCUGUGUUACUGUCGACAUUUAUGUGAAUUUUGAUGAAAAUCAUGAAUUUUGUGGAAUUUUAACCAGAAAUGGUGUGUACAUAGUAAUUAUACACUGACUACUGUUGUACUCACUCAAGUAAUGUAAUGAAUUAAUGAUUCAAUAUCAUUCAAAUUGAAGAAA